AUGUUUGGGAAAGAAGACCUGUCCGUUCCUGGAACAGUUUAUAUGGUUGACCUCGACGGUCUGCAAAGAGUUCAAGAAACCAAUACUCAUGGGGCAAACGUUAUAUUAGUUCCACAACCAAGCGAUGAUCCGAACGAUCCACUCAGAUGGCUGACAAGAAAGAAACUUCUUCAAUUUUGGUUUUUAUUUUUGUGGGCUUUUAUGCAAGGAGUUAUUACGAACUGGACCGGCCCAGUGUUCAGUAUUUGGAUGGAAGAGCUACCUUGUACUCAGAUGCAAUUGAAUAUCGCCAGAGCUCUCAUGCUAUUAUUCUUAUGCAUGGGUUGUCUCUUUUUGCAGCCUUUAGCCUUAAAAUUAGGACGGAGAAUGGUUUAUGUUUGCUGCACGUUGGUGCAGAUUGUGGUCUGCAUCAUAGGCUCCCAAAUGAAUUCAAUCAAAGUCUUCUACUUGAUGCAGAUCCUCACGGGCAUAGCCGCAUCUCCAGGAGACGCAUUAGUGGAGAUUUCAACAACAGAUGUCUUUUUCCAGCAUGAAAGGGCAUCCAAAUUGACGUGGUUCAUUUUGGCGCUUUACGGAGGGUGUGAUUUGGGACCGGUAGCUGCAGGAUACAUCGUUAGUAACCUAUCGUGGAGGUGGUGCUAUUGGAUACAACUCAUCAUAUUCUGUUGCAUGCUUGUUCUUCAAAUUUUGUUUAUGGAAGAUACAACGUUCUCCCGAAUUGACGAGCACGAUACCGCAUCCUCUGAAGAGCCCAUAUUGGUUGAAACGGCUCUUAAGAACAAUUACAAGGUCAGCGAGGACGAUGUAGAAAUCGACCGGCCUUUACGUACUUUUUGGCAAAGAAGGGCGCUUUGGGAAUCAGAAUAUGGUGACCAUCGACCCUAUUUGGCCCUUCUUUUACGACCUUUCUUGCUUAUAGGAUUCCCUGGAAUUAUUUGGAGUGGUCUUGUUUACGGUGCCCAGAUGUUUUGGUUAUCACUUUUAGCGGUUACCCAGUCUGCAUUCUACUCGGCACCACCAUACAAUUUCAGCGAAGCAAGCGUUGGCUUGACAAAUGUUGGAGCGUUCGUGGGAGUGCUUAUCGGGAUGUUUUAUGGCGGACCUUUUGUGGACUAUUUAACAAUCAAGCUUACCCAGAGAAACAACGGAGUUAUGGAGCCAGAAUUCCGAUUAUGGGCUAUGGCAAUUCCCACAGUAUUUAAUGCCGGUGGGUUACUCGCAUAUGGCUUGAGCAUCUACUAUGGAGCACAUUGGUUCGUUUCAGUUGGAAUUGGCCCAGGCUCUUCUAGGAUUCUCGAUGUCCUCUUCUGGAGGUAUUUGCUUAACAUACUCAGUGGAUAG